GUCUGGACUUCGUCCAUUCCCUUUUGCUCGCGCACGCGCUCGUCGUCUCUCGAGACCCCGAACCUCACCGCCGGCGACGACCAAGAGGAACGCGACGAUGGCGACGGCGCUCGGCCGCGGCGCGCGCUCUGGACUCCGACUCCUCGCCGCAGGCGCCGAGUCCUGCUCAGCACCCGCUUCUCGUUCGUUCCAUUCUACUGGCAUAAGGAGGAUGGGGGCGCACGCUCAUGAUGAGCCAUACUACGUCCACGCCAAGCACAUGUACAACCUGCACAGGAUGAAGCACCAGCAACUUAAGGUGUCCCUCGCCGUGCUGGCUGCGGUAGGCACUGGUGUUGGAGUCCCUGUGUAUGCAGUUGUUUUCCAGCAGAAGAAGACUGCAUCUGCAUAAUCUGCAAUGCCCGAGAAAGCACAACAUCAAACAUUACCUGUCCACGAAAUUUGUUUCCCCAUUUUCCCUAUAGCAUUUUGAGAAGUUCAGGCUGGAGCUUCAGUUUUGCUUGGCCAUUUCUCUAUUUUCUCUUGCUGCAGGUUUGCACUCUGCGCUCAUUGGAUUUUGAUGUAGGAAUACCGAUAUAUCUGUUAAUAAUACGAUGUCUUGAACUUUUCCAAGAUGUGGAGCUGACAGAAAGUCUAACUUUGCUUAGCCGGUUUUCCGUUGAAUGUAUGGAAUGUUACAUCUGCUGCUGCGCAGUAUGGUAAGCAGUUGUAUGUUGCUGACAGCUGACAGUCGCCCUGUGAGCUCUCAGCUCUCAAAUGUUAGUUUCGGUGGUGGGGAAUGCUUUGCCUUGGAGUUGAAAUACAAUUGUCUGUAGCUUGCACUGUUGCAAGGUUCAUUCCGUAA